AUGGGGGAAUUAUCGGAAGAAUGCGCCGUCCUCGCUACGGACGGCGCAGACGAGAAGGAGGCCCAGAGGCUGCAACAGAUGUUGGAGGUGAAGGAGUGGAAGGGAAAGUACGCCCUGCCGUUGCCGGGAACGGAGACAGCAAACAGCUCAGCUGUGUACCGCACCGUGCCUGACCCCACAAACCCCAGUGUCGCCCUCAUGGGAGAGCCGGCGGUUCCGCAGUUCCCCCGCAUCAAAUCCAUGUAA